AUGUCUCCAAUCCGAUCCCCCGCAAAGUCCCCACAGACCGAUUUCUCCAAUAACGAGUCAACGAUCAACGACAGUGUUGAUCCCAGCACAUACCGCGAUCACCCAGAUGCGCCCCUGCCGGUCGAGUCGCAAGGAUCUGAAGUCAAUCAACACCACACUCAAAGUGAAGAAUCAAUUUAUCGAUGUGAAAGUGGAAGUGUGGCCGAGGACCCGGCUGUGCUUGCACAGUCUGAGCCCCGGCCUAUAGAUGAUGAUUAUGAUGACGCCGCUGCUGCCGCCUCGAGGCCCCGCCGUGCAUGGCAGGUCUUGUGGCUGCGUAACAAGGGAAUGGCGCUUGUCUUGCUUGCGCAGAUGUUCGGUGCAUCUAUGAAUGUUAUGACGCAGAUCUUGGAAAUUCAUAGUGCUAUGCAUCCUUUCCAGGUAUUGUUUGCUCGCAUGUCUAUAACGGCAGUAGCCAGCUACCUCUAUAUGUGGUGGGCAUCCGUCCCAUCCCCGUUCGGAACCCGCCCCGUGCGACCACUCCUGCUUCUUCGAGCCACCUCCGGCUUCAUGGGCGUCUAUGGACUCUAUUACUCUGUACAAUAUCUCCCACUCUCCGAAGCAACUGUGAUCACCUUCCUAGCACCCAUAAUGACCUGCUAUGCAUGCUCACUACUGAUCCCGGGCGAGACCUUCUCCCGACGCCAGCAGCUAGCCGCGCUGGUCUCGCUCGGCGGCGUGGUUCUCAUUGCACGACCUUUCAGCAAGCGCACUCCCCAAACCGUUACCUCAGCCCCGACGGCUGUAGCCGCCUGGGCCAUGAGUUUGUCCGCGCAUGACGAGACUCCCUCAGACGCAGACUCUUACCACCACGUCAUGGCGACGAUCGUCGCAUUCGUGGGUGUGAUCGGGGCUGCGGGAGCGUACACGUCCAUUCGCAUGAUCGGACGACGAGCCCACCCGCUCGUCUCGGUGACUUACUUCUCGUCAGUGACAACCAUCAUCUCAUUCGUCGCUAUGGCGACCAUGCCCUGGGUGCCAUUCCGUUUGCCAAACUCUGCCAUUGAGUGGACGUUGUUGACGGGCCUAGGCGUGUGCGGCUUCAUGCUUCAAUUCCUGCUCACGGCAGGAUUGUCGUAUGUUCCCCCUGCGUCGGUGUCGAAUGGAAAGCCCGGGAACCAGGGAACCAAGGCUACCUCGAUGGUUUAUAUGCAGAUGCUCUUUGCACUAUUCUACGAUAAAGUUGUUUGGGGGAGUACUCUGAGCCCGAUCAGUUGGGCUGGAUCGGCGCUGAUUCUGGCUUGCGCUAUUUAUGUUGCCGUUGCGCAGGAAAGUGCUCCAGCCCCGAGGGUCGAAGCUCCCGUUGAAGAGUAUCGGGAUGUCGAGGGUUACAAGGAUACCACAGAUGAAGAGAGGGCUGCAUAG